CCACGCGUCACACACUGCGUAUGUGCGUGCGUACGCGCAUCAGAAUAAGGUCUAGAUUUAGCAGACCAUUGUAUGAUUAUCCGCAGAGCAGUUGAAAUGCGCAUAUGAGGUUUACUUGCGAACAGUUGUUCUUGUUUUAUAAUAGUGCAUGUGAAAGAAUGAAUUGUAAAUCAAAAGGCGUACGACACAAAUAACUCUGCCAAGUUUACGAGAUAUACACGCGAAGGCGUAAUCGGGCAUAAAGAAAGUGCGAAAGUUAGGCCUACAUAUUGCCCCAUCUUAAGAAUGCAUAAUGGACCAUAUAUGAUGUACACGCAGGACAUAUUUUCAAUCAGCUAACGCUCUGCACCAACUAAACAGAAGGUUUUCGGCGCCUGUUCCACAAAGAAGAAAAGGAUGUCUGUACAUUACAAGUUCAAGAGUAGUUUGGAAUUCGAUACUGUCACCUUUGACGGGCUUCACAUAUCGGUGGCUGACCUCAAGAAGGCCAUUCUACAACAGAAGAAAAUCGGCAAAGGGGCUGACUUCGACCUUCAAAUAACAAAUGCUCAAACUAAGGAAGUGUACACCAGCGACGAUGUGCUUAUUCCCAAGAACACGUCUGUCAUCAUUUCGAGGGUGCCCGUUGUCUCUACUGGCAAGAAGAACUGGGACCGCAACCGUGAAGGUGACCUUCCUCUGCAGGACCAGGUUAAUGCCCCAAGUCGUGUAAAUUUUGAGAAGCUGGCAAAGACGGCUGAUCUUGCAAACGCCAAGGCAAGCGAAGAUGACAAGAUCAAAGCCAUGAUGUCUCAGUCCUCGCAAGAAUACGACCCUUCAAAGUACGUGAAGAGUCGUAGCAUGACAGGACCACUUCCUCCCAACUACACUUGCUUCCGUUGUGGAAAGACUGGCCACUGGAUCAAGAACUGUCCCACCAACAAUGCGGAUGUGAAGCGGAGCACCGGCAUCCCCAGGAGUUUCAUGGUGACUGUGGAUGGACCCGACCACAAGGGUGCCUUGCUUACUAGUACAGGAGAGUUUGCUGUACCACUGAUCGACCACGAGGCAUAUAAAGAAGUCAAAAAAGAGAAGCCACCUUUUGUGAAAGAACCCACACCAGAACCGGUCCAGGAGCCACAACUUCCAGAGGAACUGCUCUGUAUGAUCUGCAAAGACCUCUUGCAAGAUGCUGUCUUGAUUCCGUGCUGCGGAAAUAGCUUCUGUGAUGAGUGUGUGCGACAGGCAUUGCUGGACUCCGAGCAGCACGAGUGCCCAGUGUGCCACGAGUGUGACAUCUCACCCAACAACUUGAUCCCCAACCGCUUCCUCCGCACAGCCGUCAACAACUUUCGCAAUGAGACUGGGUACACACGAGCCAAGCGUACCAUGCCUCCGCCUGUCCCUCCCGUUGUUCCUGAACCCGCACCCGAAGCGCCCAUUGAACCAGAACCCACAACUGAAGUCAUUGCCACCAUUGAGAGCUCUCUGCCGCAAGAGGAUCAAGUGGUUGCCAGUCCUUCCAUGUCUGCAGCCAGUCCAGUCAUCAAAGAAGAAGCUACAGAUCUUCCAGAUGACAGUCACCUGGAAAAUCCUCCUGGCACACCCUUGGCAGAUGAGCCCCCCUUGGAAGAAGGCAGCCUUCAUGGCGGUGAUGAGGUGCAUAGUCUGUGUGAUGAUGGGGCCCCUCCCACUUCUCCACCUUCCCAGCACACCCCAACUUGCUCCUCGGAGACCCACAGCGUGCGCACUAUCUCCACUAUUACCACUCGGGUACCCAACUACGCCAUGCCGAUGCAGGGCAGACCAGGACGAGAGCAAGCGACUGAUCUGCGUUCUGCACCCAGGGGCCCACCAGCUCCUCGAUCUAGUCGGCACGAAUAUGGUCACCAUCGAUCUCGACAUGAUUAUGGUCCAGGGGGAAGAUUUGAGGAGCAUCGAAGGAAUCAGGAUCCAGGUCGCCCCCGGGGAAAUGAUAAUCUCAGUGGACGUCCCGCCGGACGAUCGGAAAAUGCUUCCUCCGACUACCGUGGGCUGUACCAAGACUACCGCCCAGAUGCCCCUUAUGCCCCUCCCCCUAUGCACCAUGUAGCCCAGGUGCCCCCUCCCCAGGGUCAUUUGCCUCCCCCUGGGAUGCCUCCGUUUCCUGGACAACCACCUCCACCGGGAUUGGCUCCCGUUACCUUAGGACCUCCUCCAUACCCGUUGCCCCCCGGUGCCGGGUAUAUGAACCAGAACAAACCUUUUGGAGGAGACGAAUAUCACAUGCGCAGGAGGAGCAGGCGAGGAGACCCUCUGGAAGAAUUUGAGAAACAUCUGCGGGACAUUCGUCGCCGCCGCCGCUCACACUCCAAGUCACGGUCUUCGUCCUCAUAUUCCCGCUCACGGUCCAAGUCUCGAUCGUACUCUCGUUCUUACUCUCCAAGGUCUUACUCCCGUUCACCUCGAUCGGGUUCCCGUUACAGCAACAGCUCACGUUCCUACUCCCGCUCUCGGUCCUACUCCAGAGGACCUUCGCGAUCCCGUUCCCACAGUCGACGGCCCUCAAAGAGCCCCAGGGGUCGGAGGUCACGUAGCGGCAGCUACAGGUCACGCUCGCGUAGCCGGUCAGCUGUACGGUCCCACCGUUCCCACCACUACCGGCAGUACCGGCGGUCACGUUCUCCCACCCGGCCAGUAUACCACCACCAUCCGCUGCCCACCAGUAGGCCUGGCUAUCGUGGCAGAACACCACCUCCUUACAGGGGUCACCGUCGAGCACCUUAUUUGCCCGUGUACAAUUCUGGUAGUUACCCCACUGCACCAAUAGGAGUACCACAUCACCCCAUGGGCUAUGAAGGAGACAGGCAUUACUACCAUGAAAAUCCUGGCUAUCGGGAAUAUCCCGGAUACCGACCACCAGAGAUGAGGGACAGAAGGCAUCCUGGUGCCUAUGAGAGUAUGCCACCGCAGAGGUACCACCAAGAACGACGUCCCAGACCACCACCAGAUUAUCCUAGUGACAUGCCCGAAGUUAAAGUGCGCGAAGAGCAGCGUGGGCACGAGCAUGGCUACCGUCGUACUGAGCCAAUCACGAUGCCACUGGUCGUGAAGGCGGAUUCCAAGGAAAGAGCAGUAGACCAGGAGAUGAAGAAGAAAAAGGUGAAGGAGGAGAAGAAGCACAAACACCACCACAAGGUUAAGGAAUUAGUUUUGAAAGAAGCAGAGGAGAAGACACCAAACCUUCAGACUGUUGAACAGAAAGUUGUUGAAACAGUGAGGAAAGAGCUUCCUGUGGACGAGGUGCCUCUCGUUAAAGAGAAGAAGCACAAGCACAAGAAGAAGAAGGUGGUUGAAGAAAUGGCUGCUGUGGAAGAAGAGCUUGCCCGGAAAAAGAAGAAGAAGAAGAAAAGGGAAAUGCGCAUGUUGGCUGCCCAGGAGGCCCUGCAGGAGCCCUCUGCACCUCCAGAAGCAGCAGUCUCAGAACUGCAGCAGGAGUUGGCUCAAACUGCUGCGCCUGCACCUGAUAAUGACCAUGAGGAACGGGAAGACCAGGUGCCCGAGGAAAGUGAUGCUGUCCGUGAGGAUGAACUUCACGUGGAGCUUCCAGAGCCUUCCAAGUGGGAACGGGACGAUGAAGAGGAGCGACCAGCCCCAAAACCUGUGCCAGAAGAAAUUAGAGAAACGAAAGUUGUUCUGUCAUCCGAGGUUCUCCAACGGGCAGAAAAUGCUCUGAUGCACAAGCCACUGAAGACUGCCAUCGUGGUGCCAUCAUCCAGUCGUUCUGGCAGCCGCGUGUCCCGAACAGAAGAAAAAGUCGUCAGUGAAAUGCCCUCGCAUGUGCGGGAAGUUCGUGAGAGCAGAAGGGAAAACACGUCCCGUUUUGAAGGCAAUUUGCAGGUGACGAUCAUAGCAGAGAAGGAACGUCGGACCACAGUAGAGGGCAGCCAGUCGAAAAGGAUAAAAUUAGACAGGUCAAAGUUUGUGGAUAAGCGGGUUUCAAGCAGCUCAAAGCAAGACACCUCGAGCAGAUCUCGCUCAUCCAGGAUGGAAGGAGAACCUACGAGAGAAGCUAGAUUCGUCAUGGGGGGUGAUCAUGAAGAGAGCCGGCCUCCCUCUACGAGGGAUCGAGGAUCUACCUACAAAGAGGGGCAUGCCAAGGACAGCCAUAGGGACAGCAAGGAUGGGCACAGGGAUAGCCACAGAGCCAUUGAGUCGCCUAGGACACACGAUGAGAGAAAAAGAAGGCGGGAGCAACGUCGGGCUUCAGCUGAGAGGCUACGGCACGCAACAGACUCUCAUCACAGACGAGGAAGGGAAGAAAUGCACAGAACAAGCAGGGCAAUUCAGGACCACAUUGGAGAAUUGGGGCCCGAGGACGAUCGACGCACCUCACACAAGUCGGAACGGCUUUCCACCAGAGGAGAGAGGUCUGACCGUGCCACUGUCUCUCGUAGCGAGAAGGCACAGCUCUCAGCUGAGCUCGCUCAGGACAGUGUAGACCACGGUCGUCACCAUGGGUUGGUCAAAAGUGGCGAGUCCUCUCGUGGAGAGGAAGCGUCCAGCACGGGAAGGGAAAAGGGUGAGGCGCAUAGAAAGAAAGGGGAAACUGUGGAGGUGAAAUUGGAGCCACCGGAGGAAAACAAGCCAGAAAAGACGGAAAGGCCCAAGGAGAACGCGUCGGAGGCAGCUUCUGAAAGUCAGCUACCUGACUCAUCAGAAAACCCGGAGAAGAAAGAAAACAAAGAGAGCAAAAGAGCGAGCGAAGAGAAGGUAAAGGCACCCACCACAACGCAUCAGGAGCCUCAACAAAUGGAGUACACGAUGGUGGAGCCUCCAAAGGAGUACGAGCCCUGCUCGACAAGCAAACGAGGGCACCAUGGGAAACCCUCCGAACCUAAAGAGCAGACGACAAAUGCGACUGAGAAACAGGAGCAGGAAAGUCAGCAUGCCAGGGUGGAAGCUCCGCAGCCGACCGUUUACCGUGGCCGGAAGGAGUCAGCUCAGGACGAGUCUAGAUUUGAGCCAGAUUAUGACGAGCUCAACGAAGCGAGCGAGGACGAGGGAUCGGAUAACACGCGGAAGAUGAAACGCAAGGAUGCGGAGAACGUGGUUGUGGCUUCCAAGCGCGUCAGGCUGGAAGAGAGUAGCAGUGACUCAUCGUCAGAUUCUAGUGAAGAGGAGAAGCUGCACAAGAAACACAAAAAGAAACACAAGAAGCAUAAGAAGCACAAGCACAAACACAAGAAGAAGAAGAAAGCAAAAAAAAUUGAUAAAACUGAAUAGUGCAACGUCUGUGUUUUUAGUUUUUAAAGUGACAAAAGGACAACAAGUCUUCUUUUAUGGAGUUUCUAUUGCGCGACUUGCUCUUCUCCUGCCUCAAAGGAUGUGUCACUCACAGUACAAUUUGCUAAUGUAUAAGCUGUUCAUAUAGUGGUCAAACCAGAAUGCGAUGAACUGUCCACAGUCUGGAUAAUAGCUAUUGUAGUGAUGGUUGUAAAAUUAAGCAGUGAUCUUAUAGAGGCAUAAUUUAGUGCUCUGAACAACUGUGAACUGAAGGUUUGAAUAUUGUAAAAAAGGCUAGGAUGAUCCUCGUGUGUGUGCGUUCUUGUCAAGGAAACUCUGGUACACAGUGCCGCUACCAGGUUUCUUCCGACAACUAAAUCGUGUCCCUUUUCCAGAUUAGAAGAGCGUUCACACGAAGCAUUCUUUACAGAAGCAUCGUAGUCACUAGCUCUUUCCUAUCCCAACCUGUACAAUAUUUCUUGGAGCACAUUGGAGUUGCUCCUCCAUCUGGACUUUUUUUUCCCCUUGUUUUUGUGUAUAAUCUAGCGCAGUUUUUCCACCGUUAAUUUUCUGGUCCACGAGUCCAUGACGGAUGUGUUACAUGAGAACUGUACAUACAUUCUGGUGUUCAAUAAAGAAAUUGAUGUUGUUUUCCAA